CGGAAAAAAUGAAAAUGCAAAGUUCGUACAAAAAUCUUUGUACAUUAAGUAAAUGUACAUAAGCAAUUAAAAAUGUAGAUUAAAAUACCAUUCCUUGUAUUUAUCUCUGGAAUGUUUUCUGCCGCUACAACACCAACAACUUAAAUGGCAUAUACUUAUGUACAUAUGUAUGUAUACAGAUACAAAAGACAAUGUACCAUGUACUUAAGAUAUGUGACAAAAGUUAUAACAUAUAGGGUACAUACUAUACCUACACAUUAUUUAAUCUUACAUGUAUAUAUGAGCAUAGGUACGUAAUUCAUUCUUACAUAAUUAUUAUUAAAAAUCCCUAAACUUUUUAAUGCAUGUAUGUAAAUACAUAUGUAUACGUGUAUCUACCUUCGAAUUUAUGGAAGGCUAGGUCGAGAAAGAGAGAAAUUAGUUUUUGUAUUGAUGAUGGUUUAUUAUUGUUAAGGUCCAUUUCUUGUAAGGGAUUUUUAUCAAAUUUGUUUUGAGGUUUUUUUCUAAAACAAAUUUUCUUACUAAAUGAAUUUUAAUUUAUAUUUUAAAUUACGCCGCAUUUCCAUGGGCAAUUAUUAUUGCCGAUCAACGGCGGAAUUAUUACCAAUGUCGUUGGCAAUAGUUUUGUGUGGGCAUUUUUUAUCUUAAUUAAUUAAUAGCUGAAUGACGUCGAAAUUUUAAAUAUAUAUAUGUUCUAUAUUUUUGUAUGGAAGUACAUAUUAUCUUACAGGUUGCACUGUUAAAGUAACAAGAUAAAAUUUCAGGCUAUUCUGGUAACUACUGUGACAUAUGCGUAGUCAUUAAAAAUAUGGCCCCUGAUAAAAUUAGAGAUUAAGUUUUUCAAGAUAAUAACAAUUGCCUGCUGAUAAUGUAAAUCGAUAUACGAUAUUUUACACGAUGAUUCAUCAUAUAAACAUUGUUUACCUUUACUUACACAUACCUAUUUAAUCAGCCGCGUAUAUUUAUAAAUUUGAAAUGCGAAGUGAAGUAAAAAAACUCUUUUUGCAAGCUUGUAUGAACCACGGCAGCUUAAGCUUGGAACAAGUUAGUGAAAUACUUGAGCCAAUUUCUCAAUCAUAUGAUGAUACUGCUAUAUUGGACGAUGUGAAGAACUUAGUAAAAGAAAUAAACAGCGAUUUAAAAGAAUGUAAUCAGGAAUUAAAAUUCGUAAAACAUCCAUUGCUUGGAAAGGAAUAUUUGGUAUUUGGUCUAACGUUUGAAACACCCGCGAGCAAACUUCAGCACCAUUAUCGUGAAGCGGAUCAGUUGUAUUUCGCAAAGCUGUUAGAGACUAUGGCUGUUCAAGAAGACUACGGCAUUUCGUGGGUUGAUAUGUAUAAUUUGCCGAACCUUCCUCAAACUGUCAAAAAGGAUUUAACAAAAAUGCGCGUUCAAGAUUUGAUAACAAAGUGGACACAACAAGGUUACUUUCUGGAAAAAGACGAUAAAAUAUUUUUCGGACCCCGUAUGUUAGUUGAAUAUGCGAGCCAUUUGAAAACACAUUUUUCUGAUUACAUCAAAGAUUGUCCGCUUUGUAAGAAUGUAGUUUUAUGGGACAUAAAAUGUGAUCGCUGUGAAAUUAAAGUUCACAAGGAAUGCAUACGAACAUUUUUAAAACGAAAAUCGAAUUGCCCAUCCUGUAAAAAAGUUUGGAGUACACCAUUAAAUUAAGUUUGCACUAUUUGUUUACAAUCACAUAUUGUUACUAAUAAAGUACUUUAUAUUCCUUGGUUUAUUAUUGAUAAAA